UCAACUGUAGUAAAUAUUGGAAGUACUAGAUCUUAGAUCUAGAUCUAGAUCUAGAUCUAUAAAGUAGCCGCCCUUAGCCUUGCCUCAACUUCACAGUUUUAUUACUUUACAUUAAUAGCAUGGCAAGUUCUAAUAACUCAGCUUUGAGUACAGUAGCCUCCAAAGUUAAAUUUUCAGAAAUAUGUGGACUUUUAGAAAAAGUACACAAUACACAGGGCAACGACAAAAAGAAAAGAAUUCUGAAAGAUUUUGUGGACAAGUGGAGAGAUUUUCAUGAUCAGAUUCAUAAAGAUGACAGUGACACUAGUGAUUCCUUUUACCCUGCUAUGAGAUUGCUCCUUCCUCAUCUUGAGAGAGAAAGAUUAGCUUAUGGCAUCAAAGAGCACACAUUUGCCAAGCUCCUGAUAGAAGUUCUGUAUCUGGGUAAAGACAGCCCUGAUGCUCACAAGCUGCUCAACUUCAAGGCUCCAAAAACUGCCAGAGCAGAUGCAGGAGACUUUGCCAGUGUGGCCUAUCUAGUGCUAAAAAGUCGCUGUCCAGAUAAAGGCUCUCUAACUAUUGAAGAGGUCAAUCAAGACCUGGAUGCCAUCGCCAUGGGCAAUGCCAGCAAGGAUAAAAAUAUUGUGCGCAAACGCAUCCUGCAUCUGCUGACCUCUCUUAGCCCCACAGAGAUAAAAUGGCUGAUCAGGAUGAUAAUGAAAGAGUUGAAGAUUGGGCUCAGCCAAGCCUCUGUGUUGAGUGUGUAUCAUCCUGAUGGGGAGGAACUGUUUAAUGUCAACAACAGCUUAGAAAAGGUUUGUCGUCUACUGAGGGAUCCAAAAACUAGAGCUUAUGAAAUAGGGAUUGAAGUUUUCUCCCCUUUUACACCAAUGUUGGGUGAGAGGGCCUCACCAGAUAAGGUAGAAAAGCUGAUGGAAAACAAAGUUUAUUUUAUUGAAACAAAGUACGAUGGGGAGAGGGUUUUACUGCACAAAGAUGGUGAUGAGUACAAGUACUUUUCCAGGAGUGGCAAUGAAUAUACUUCUGUGUUUGGCUCCAAUCCCUUUGAAGGAACCUUAACUCCAUACAUUGCCAACUGCUUCAAGCCAGAUGUAAAGAAAUGUAUACUGGAUGGAGAGAUGCUGGGGUAUCAUGCUGCAACUAAAACAUUUGGGACAAAGGGAGAGCAGUUUGAUGUAAAAUCUAAAGAUUUAGUUGAAAGAACUGGUUAUCAGCCUUGUGUUCAGGUCUUUGAUGUGCUGCUACUGAAUGACAAAGUGUUGACCAACUCGCCAUUGAAAGAUAGACUCCCACUCCUAAAAGAUGUAUUUACUCCUAUCACAGGGAGAAUUUUGACAUCAACAUACAAGGAAGCAACCACUAACCAAGAAUGUGCUGAUGCUUUAAAUGACGCCAUCGACAACAAGGAAGAGGGCAUCAUGGUCAAGCUGGCUGAUAGUGUCUACAGACCCAACACAAGAAAGGGUGGCUGGUUCAAGAUAAAGCCAGAAUAUGUGGGUGGCUUGAUGGACGAGCUGGAUCUGCUGGUGGUGGGGGGAUACUUCGGUGUGGGGGAGAGGGGUGGCAUGGUGUCACAUUUUCUCUGUGCAGUGGCUGAGCCAGUGGAGGAAGGGGAGACACCGCAGAGGUUUUAUUCUUUCUGUAAAGUAGGUUCAGGGUACAGCAAGAAACAGCUGAAAGAUUUUAAUGCUGAGCUGGCAGAACAUUGGAAGGUCUACAACAAGAACAACCCACCCAAAUACCUGGAGCUGGCCAGUGGCUUUAAGGAGAAGCCAGAUCUGUGGCUCCCACCUGACAAGUCUAAAAUCUUACAGGUAAAAGCUUCUGAGAUUAUAGACAGCGAUCGCUUCAAGACAGGAUGUACGCUACGUUUUCCUCGUGUUGAGAAGAUCAGGGAUGACAAACCAUGGGAUCAGUGCAUGACAACAAAAGACAUCCAGGACCUCAAAGAGAAAUCUGGAGGAAAACUGACAGGAGCCAGGUAUGAACUGGGUGAUGCGGAGGAACCAACCAAGAAGAAACGCAAAGUCGUCAGUCAUGUGGUUCGUCCAACCUUAAUGGCACAGUUUCAGGGAGCAGAUGUUUCUAAAGUUAAAAAACUGGCUGAGAUACUAGAAGGUAAGGAAUUCUGUGUGAUUGAUGGGCCAACACACUUUCCCAAACAGGAACUGGAGAAAAAAAUUGUGGAACUUGGUGGCGAUGUUGUACAAAAUCCUGAUACAACCACGUUUUGCGUCAUUGCUGAAAAAGUUGCCAUCAAGGUUAAAAACUUAAUCAAAAAAGGCAAAUAUGACAUUGUCAAGGCUGAUUGGUUAUUGCGUGUCAUUGAUAGCGGGUCUUGGAUUUCAUGGUCACCCAAUGAUAUGAUUUACAGCACCCCUGCCACCCUCAAGUCAUUUGAACAAGACUACGACCAGUUCGGUGAUAGCUACACGGUAGACGUUACAGAGGAACAGCUUCGGAACAUUUUUGAAGGGAUGGGUGACAUCCAGCCUUUAUCAAGGGAAGUAAUCCAUGAAGUGGAAGAAGACAAUUUUCCUGAUGAAUCCCCUUACGGUUUAUUUCGUCCUUGCAUUUUUUAUAUAGACAACUGUAUUGCCUUUGGGGACUCAAGUACUCGCAUAAGAAACAGUCCAUUAGACCUCCUAGAGCUGGAGUUACGGUUCUUUGGAGGAGAAAUUUCUGAGACAUUGAAUCAAGAGGUGUCUCAUGUGCUAGUCCAUGACAGUGAUCUAAGCAGAGUUGGUGGCAUGAAAGAAAUUCGCCGACGACGACAAAGGAAAUUCUAUAUCGUGACAGAGAAGUGGAUAAGAGACUGCAUGGAAGAGGGAAGCUUAUGUGCAGAGAGAGGUUAUGAGCCAUGAGAUCUAUACUUAAAUGUUUUAGAAUAAACUGAUUUAGGAAUCACUUAAAUUCCAAUAGAGGUUACGAACUGCGAAAUAUAUAUUUAUGUUUUAAACAUAUUAAGCUUGUAAGUUAAUUUAGCUUUAAAGCUAUUUCAGUUACUUCAAGGGAUAUGUGUAAAAUGUUUAAUGCAAAUAUUUAUUUCAGUAAAGUAUAAUGAGUUCUUUUACAUACAAUUGUGCAAAAAUAAAUGAUUAAGAAAAUAUUAUUUAAGCUAAAAGCAGAAGUAACAGCAACAUUGUUUUGUACUAAUCCUCUUUUAUAUUUUUAUGUUGUUUUUUUCUAUGUAUAAACAAAACAUCUUUUUUACCACUUCUUGUUAAAUGAAACAGUUAUUUUUGCUAUCCAUCUUGUAAAAUGAUCUUUUUUAUGCCUAAUAUUUGAACACAUUGAGUAUUCUAUAUUUAUUUAUACCUACAAAAAUUUAUGUGAAAUAUUUGUUUGUCACUCAAUUUAAAACUAUUUUCCUAUUUUCAAACAGACACAUUUUUUAUAUAGUACAUCUUAUUUUUAAUGUGUACAGAGAAUUGUUCCUUGCUGUUAAAUUUUUAUUAUAAAAUAUAUGUUUAUCAUGUCUUAAAAUUCAGAUUCUUAGAAAAAAAAAUUGUAAAUACAUUCCCAAUGAACUAUUUAUCAUUAAAAUUGUUUUUUAAGUAGCUAGUAUGAUAGGAGAGGUCAAGGUUAUAUUUUACCUUUAUUACUAUUACAUAAUGGUUGUUAUUCAUAAAUUUUUAAGCAUACAUUUUGAUGCGAUUGUUUAGAUAAUAAGCAUAGCUGUGAUAGUUAUGGAAUAAAAACCUUAA